AUGGUGAAACGAAAAGACCCUCCAGGAGGAGGCAAAGACAGCCACGGACGCCAACCAAACAACACGCGCAACACCAAGCGCGCCAAAGUUCAAGCUGCCCGCACCAUUCGCACACAGCCCUCCGAUGCUGCGCUCGAAGACGGCAAGCUUGAUUUGAACAGAUUCCUCAAUGCCCGCGAAUUCGAAAUCAAAUCCCUCGAAAGGAGCAUGAACAAAUGCAAGGCCGUCAAUGCCACCCGCGUUUUCCAGAUGGUGCCCCGCGCGAUGCGCCGGAGGACAGCAAGCCAUAAUGUGAAGAGAGUGCCAAAGAGACUGCGUGCGCAAGCGAGAAAGGAAAUGCUGGAAGACAAUACGCCGACGGUCGAGUCGAGGAAACGCAAGCCCCGCACAACCCGCGCCCGAAUACGCGCCGAGACGAUGAGGAAGCUACGAUAUUUGGCCGAGAAGAAAAGGAAGAGGAAGGCUAAGAAGGCCGGUGAUGGGGCGGUGGAGGAGGUGCAAAGGAGAGGAUCAGCUGUGGUAACGGCGAGACCUCCACGGCCAAAAAUACGACGGAACAUGCUAAACGAGCCACCGAAAGCCGACUCGAAAUACAGAAAACGCCAGAUUAACAAGACCUGGCUACCAACCCAUUUAUGGCAUGCGAAACGGGCCACGAUGACGAGGCCAAGCAGCCCCUUGUGGAGAUUUGCCAUUCCACUCACAUCGACGGCGAAGUGCUACCGACCAACACAUCGUGCUUCCGGGCAAAAGGGGGUGGUUGCGUGGGAUACCAGUUACAUGAGCACGAUAGGGGUUUAUGGAACGGCUGACUGUCUCGAGCGGGCGUUAAGGUAUCUGGGGUUGGUACAAGAGGGUCUUUGGAAUACGAGAGGCAAGAAAUGGAGGGCCGGUGUUCGGAAAUGGACAGGUACCGUCAGCAGGCAACAGAAGGGUUCGAGACGGGAUAUUGGUCCCGCCACGAUAGUCUGGAACCCACAACCGCCUGCGACAACUUCGGACGAGAUGGAGACGUCUGAGAAGCCCAAGAAGCCCCGGAGACAGAUUCUUAUUCGCACUCAUCCAUCUUGUUUCCUCGAAUUAUUUGAGGAGUUACUCAAGGUUGCAAAGGGCCAGAAGCCUCAACUUCACGUGGAGGACCUACGGUUCGAAGUCGGCAGCAUUGAGCUAGUUGGGCCGGCCUCUACGGAAACAUUGUUGGGAAUUCUUGAACCCUUUCACGAUUCACCAGAAGCGGCCGAACGCCAUGCUAAUGUCUUCCGGUCCCUCGCUGGAGUAGCAAAUCCGGCAUCUCUGCCCAAGGACGCAAUUCUUGCCUUUUCGGCCAGGGACCCGCGUUUGUCUUAUCCCCCAAAGCGAGUCGAGAUUCCCAGCGGAGGCGAACAGACAAUCCUCAAGACACUCACAGAUUGGCCAGUCGAGGAAAACCUCAAGCCAUACGACAUAUUCGACCGAGAGAGCCGCUAUCAAGCUUCGAGAAUGCCAUCACAAAAGUCACUCAACCGCCGAAAAGGCGCGAAUGCUCCGGGAGAGCCUAUCAAGGUCACCGCAGCAGACCCCCCCAUUCCAGUCAUGUUGCUCGCCUCAAGACCUGGCACAGACGGUCAGGCCCAGGGUACGUGGACAUUACUCGCUCCGUGGAAAUGCAUCCAGCACAUCUGGUACUGCUUGAUGCAGUACCCCGUCAGCACAGGUGGGAACCCUCGGCUGGGAGGGCUUGAAGAGCAGAGACAAAUCGCUUUUGAGCACGGGACUCCAUGGUUCCCGGGGGAUUUCCCGGCAACGACUGCCGGCAUGAACUGGGAGCUGAAGGAGAGGGCCAAGAGGAGGGGGGAUUGGGAUCGACGACCAAAGAGCAAGAGAUUGGAAUGGAAGUCGCUCGAUCUCGGGGCUGGGAGAAAAGGUGAGAUCGGAGAUGGGUUGGCGUGUGAUUUUGAGUACCUGUUUGGGGUGUCAGCCCGAACCCGAACCCAGGGGAAACCUGACGCAGUGUCGAUCCCGGAUGCCGCCGCGGAAGCGAUGGUGGUUGAUCCACCUGCCGAGCAGCCGCAAUCUCCAGUUGGUAUGACGAUCAGGCAGGUGACGAAGACAGAGUUUAGCGCAUUGAUGAAAUCGGGAAGCGGGGAGGGGGUGGUGCCGGAGGGAGGGAUUGUUGCUGUUGGGUUGGAGUUUGUGACGAGGGGGGUUGCGAAGCCUUGUGCGAGGAUUUAUCGGCUGCCGGGGAAGGGGGGGAAGGCUGGAGGUGCGGUUGGCGUUUCGUCCACGCAGGCGGAGGUGCCUGCUACGCCUGAGGCGAGGACGAAGGACGGGUUGCCGGUUGACUUGAGCGAGCAAUGGCUUUCCAAGGUACCAAAUGGGGACAAGAAAAAGGGAGCUGCUGUUCCAAGGAUGCCGGUUGGGGUGGAUAUGGAGACCAGGAAGAAGAUUUUGGCCGGGUCACUUUUGGCUGUGGAGGUUCCCUAUCCCAAGCCCGCCGCGGGUAAUCAGACGGAUUUUGGGGGUCACCCGCUUUGUCCUGGGGAGGAGGACUUGAUUGGGUUUGUGACUACGGGCGCGUUCAGCCUCAGCGAGGGAAGGGGCACGGCGAUUGGGUCGAUUUCGGCGGCGAGGGCGCUCGAGACGUUGAGGGAGACGGGGCCUCGGGAGGGGAAGUUUUGUGUGGUUAGGAAUGCGGGUGAGAGUAUAGGUUGGUUGGCGAGGUGGGAGGUUGUUUGA